CCUCUGGCGAAGCAACGCGCGGCUGGCUGGAUCUCUUACUCAGCCAGCAGCGAGGCGCUGUGGCUGGAGAAUUAAAGGCGCAGCCGCCGGCAGUGAUUCUGAGUGAAGGGGACUGCUUACACCAUGUCAGAAUUCUGGUUAAUUUCGGCACCGGGUGAUAAAGCAAAUCUGACGGCCUGGGAAAGAAUGAACACUGUGACUUUCAAGGCCAACCUGUCCAGCAACAGCAAGUUCACCAUCCCUGAUCUCAAGGUGGGCACCCUGGAUGCUCUUGUCGGCCUCUCAGAUGAGUUGGGGAAACUUGAUACCUUUGCUGAAAGUGUAAUAAAGAAAAUUGCUCAGUAUAUUGGAGAAGUUUUGGAAGACUCAAAAGAUAAAGUACAAGAAAACUUGCUGGCAAGUGGAGGAGUGAAGAAUAAAAUGAAAUUUCUAAAGAUUGACCUAAUUAGUUAUCUCACAAGGUUUGAGUGGGACAUGGCUAAGUAUCCCAUAAAACAGCCACUGAAGAAUAUUUCAGAAGCAUUAGCAAAGCAAAUUACACAAAUAGAAACAGACUUGAAAAACCGAGCAGCUGUGUACAACAAUAUCAAGGGAAAUCUCCAGAAUCUGGAAAGAAAAACGACAGGAAAUCUCUUGACACGUACGUUAACUGAUAUCGUGAACAAAGAAGACUUCGUGUUGAAUUCUGAAUAUCUCAUCACUCUACUUGUUGUAGUUCCCAAGUCAAGUUACACAGAAUGGCAAAAAACAUAUGAAUCACUCUCGGACAUGGUAGUUCCCCGCUCUACAAAGAUGAUUGCUGAAGAUGCAGAGGGAGGACUCUUCACUGUAACUCUGUUUCAAAAAGUAAUCGAUGACUUCAAAGCCAAAGCAAGAGAAAACAAGUUCAUAGUGCGGGAAUUUUAUUUUGAUGAGAAAGAACUGAAAUGUGAAAGGGAAGAAAUGAUGAAGUUAGCUUCGGAUAAGAAGCAACAGUAUGGUCCACUGUUGCGUUGGUUGAAGGUUAACUUCAGUGAAGCAUUUGUGGCUUGGAUUCAUAUAAAAGCUCUCAGAGUUUUCACAGAAUCUGUCCUCAGGUAUGGACUUCCAGUGAAUUUCCAAACCAUGUUACUGCAGCCCAGUAAGAAAUCUUCCAAGAGGUUGCGAGAUGUCCUUAAUGCAGUCUUCAAACAUCUGGAUGAAGUAGCAGCAGCCAGUAUAAUGGAUGCUUCUAUGGACAUUCCUGGCUUACAGCUAAGCAAUCAAGAAUAUUAUCCUUAUGUCUAUUUCAAGAUAGACCUCAGCCUUCUGGACUGCAGCUAAGAUGAGUUUGACAUCAUAAAAUGCUGGAUACUCUGUACUAGGUUAUAAGAGAACAAAAUGAAUAUAUAGGCAUUUCAACUCCAAGUUGUCUUUUUGAUAUAAGGAAGUUAUGUUGACAGGGACACACAGACCUUUCCUUGAAGCAAUUAUAAGUAACUGGACUUAAUUUUUUAUUAUUGUUUCCAGGCUUCUCCUGCCUGCAAAGCACAGCUUUACCUUACUCCAUUUUAAGUGUUAAGAUUCAGAAAGCCUUUUCUGAUCAUAUUAGAAAACGUGCAUCAUAAGGCAGAGGUAUUACAAUUGUAUUUAUUUUUCUUUUGUAAAGUACAAAAAAAAGUAAUUCUCAACCAUGAUGUUAAAUAAAGUAAGAUGCUGUCUGGUGGUUAAAGGAUAGAAUACUGUUAAGUCACUGGACCUGUGGUUGUAUGAGGUACGGAUUAAAUCAAAACGCGCA